AUGGCCCUUUCAAAGCAAGAAGGCUCAGGAUUCAACUCAUAUGUCGACCCACCAGAUUCCGAGUCAUCUUCGCCUGAACGAGAAUGGAGUUUUCAAGAUGAGCUCAAGGCCAGGAGAAAAAUCGAUUUCUCGGUCCUUCCGCUUCUCUAUCUGGGGUUGCUCUUUUUCCAGCUGGAUAGGAUGAACCUUGCUAGUGCUCUUACCGGCGGAUUCGCGGCUGAUAUUCAUGUCUCGCAAGACACGAUCAACUUGGGAAACCAGCUCAUGUUCCUUGGCAUCGUCAUCUUGGAAAUUCCGUCCAAUAUGCUGCUUCAAAAGAUCGGCCCCCGAAAAUACAUCUCCGGUCAAGUUAUAACUUUCGGCUUUGUCGCCAGCAUGCAGGUAUUCCUUCGUGACAGAGAGGGAUUUCUAGCUUCCCGCAUAAUUCUCGGCCUGGCAGAGGCGGGCUACAUUCCGGGAGCAUGCUACACCUUGUCAACAUGGUAUACCAAGAGGGAGCUGUCGAAGAGGGUUGCCAUUUUCUUUUUUGGCAUGUUCAGCGGGAACGCUAUAAGUCCUGUACUGGCUUCUGGUAUUCUUAAACUGGAUGGAGCCCAAGGCAUGAGAGGCUGGCAGUGGCUCUUUCUCAUUGAAGGGGUCGCUACGGUUGUUGUUGGCAUCGCACUGCUGUUACUCCUACCAGGUUCGCCGGACCAGCCGGACCCGCUGCUCAGCCCAGGACUCGUUCGCUUCAAGGGGCCAGAGAGAGCUAUUUUACAAAAGAGACUGGAGCUGGACGACUCGGAAAGGCGUCACGGCUCCCAGGGGAUGCACAUACCGCUUAGCCUUGUUUGGAAAACCGUUUCGCAUUGGCGGCGGUGGUUUCACUUUCUCAGCAGUUUCUGCGUCUUUUCUACUUGGAGUCCGCUUACCACCUACACACCAACUAUCAUCAUGUACGUCAAGACCGCCAGUAUGUGGGUUAUGCUGUCCAUCUCCGGUCUCAUGGUCGGUACGCAGUACUACAGAGGCAACGAUGUUCCAUUCUACUCGAAUGGCCUGAGAAUCCAGAUCAUCAUGGUGGCUGUGGGCAUGGCAUUUGCCAUUCUUCAAACAAUCAUCUACCGAGUGCACAACUGGCGAGUUGCGCAGGGAAAGCAUUACUCAGAGAAAGCCCCGAGGAUCUAUGUCCCUUAG